GAAAUCAAGCGACCCUGACGGAGGGAAAUCCAUCGCUUCUUGCCUUCUUGGUCGUCUCGACCCGACCCAUCACCAGCGGACCCGUAAAUGGCCGAAAUCGAAACGCUAGGCAUCCUCGAUGAGAUUCAGUCCCUUGUUUCUGACAAGCUUCAAGUGGUGUCCUACAAGUGGUUGAGUCAGAACUUUUUGGUGUCUUCCAAUGCUGCAAAGAGUCUGCUUCAGGAGUUUGUUGAGAAGCAUGGCAACGGUGUAGAAGUUGUUUAUAGCUUGUCUGGCUGGUUGAAGAAUAAUCCUUCAGCCUACCAUGUGCAGCUGGUCUCAAGUCCUAAACUUGCAGAAGCCAAACAAGAAUUCAAUGAAAAUUGCUCGAUUCAGGUCUACAGUGUACAAGCUUGCAUCCCAAAGGAUCCAGCAGCCCUUUGGAAUGCUGAAUUUGCCCAAGCUGAGGAGCUCUUUAAGCAGCCUCCAGUUGAUAAUUAUUUCUGGGAUAACAGGUUUUGUGGAGUUUCAAAUUCCUUUGUUAAGAGGAAUGCUGAGGAAACAUCUGCAAUCACUGGUGCCCCUCCGGCAAAAAGUGCAGGGGCAUUAGGGGUUUCAAAAAGUAAACUCACAAGCCAAAGUGUAGCCACGCAACAACCUCAACAGAAAAAGGUUCAACAGGCAGACCCUAGAACCAAUAUGAAUUCCCCCUCUAUGGUUAAUGAUGUCAAGAAUGAAAUCCCUGAGGCUAGAGGUAGUAACCUAGCUAUAGAUAAAGAGAAGAUCACUCAACCUCUGGCAAAGAAGAAGAAGGUCCAGACUGACAAAACAUCUGCUGGGAAUGGAGGUGCAUUGGCUAAUAUGUGGGGUCGUGCAACCACAAAGUCAAAAGCUGACUGCAUCUCAACAGAAACUAACAACGCCAUACCCAAUUCAGCUGAUGCUCAAAUAUGUGCUCGUGAAGAGUUAGAAGAUGGAAACAGCAAUGAAGAUGGUGAAGAUGUCAACAUUAAGAGAUCUAAUGGUAAAGGAAGCCGAAAGAGGAGAGUUGUUUUUGAUUCCUCAGAUGAGGAAGGGGAAGAUGCAGUCAACCUAGCAUCACCAGAUCCUCCAAAAACUAGAACUUCUAUGGUAAAACAAAAUUCAGAUGCUCCUGAGCUGGAGAAGGCCUUACAUUUUGAGGAAAAUGAGAAAACUGGUAUGCAAUUGAAGGGAGAAUCUUUAGCUAACAUGGAAUCUAAGAGUCAGAUUUCCUCGUCGGAUAUAUUGGGCCAUAGUCCAAGUAAUGAUGCAAAUACAGGGGUUAAAAUGACUGAUGAUGCUCCAAAAUCACCGCAAAGAAAGAAAGUAUUAAAGACACGAAUCGAUGAGCGUGGAAGAGAAGUUACUGAGGUUGUUUGGGAGGGUGAGGAGGAGAAAAAAUCUGAUGCUAAUCCGUCAAAGAAAGCAGAAAACAAAGUAGCCAAUGAUGCAGUUGACAGACCACCUGCACCUAAGAAGCCAAAUGCAAUUGGAAGCAAUGCUCCAUCAAACCAAGCAGCCAAAGUUGGAAAUAAGAAGGGUGGGAACAAAGACCCUAAGCAAGGGAAUAUUCUCUCAUUCUUCAAAAGGGUUUAAAGGCAGAUUGAAGAAGUUCUUUCUUGUAGUGGUUGGCUCUUGAAAUUUGAUUUUUGUGUAGUACUGGCAUAACUUCUGUAUGACUCAGGCCCUUUGAAAGUGUAGUUUUGUGCAACAAACAAACCUAGUGUCAUUGGACUAAAUGUAGUUCUUAGCAAUAUGAAUCCUUAUACUCACUCGAUACUUCUAUUGUCUGCGAUGUUUUGCCCUUACCUUCAAGCAUUUAGACAUUUCUAUA